AUGCGCGGCGCGGGGUGGGCGGCGGGCGGGGCCGGGAAGGGGCCUCGGCUCGCAGCUGCAGCCGGAUUUGCGCCCUCGGACCCGCGCCCUGUCGCCCUGUCGCCCUGUCGCCGCUGUCGCCAGUCGGCGCUGCGCCAGCCCUUCCAGGCAUCCCAGAUCCCCGCCCAGGUCCCCCCAGAUCCCCGCCCGGGUCCCCCCAGAUCCCCGCUCGGGCUCCCACGCAGCAUCUCCAGCACCCCACAUCCCUGCCCGGGCCCCCCAGCAUCCCAGGUCCCCGCCCGGCCCCCUCAGCACCACAGAUCCCCGCCCAGGUCCCCCCAGAUCCCCGCCCGGCCCCGAGACAAAGCCUCCGGUUGCGGGGACCCCCGCUCGUCCGCUGCUCCCGCUGCUCGGCGCGAAGCUUCUGCAGAAACCGCCCCCCAGAUCCGGGGUGGGGACCCCCUGCGACCGCGGGCGGAGCUGCUGCCUCAGUGUCCCCGCCGCGUCAUUGUUCCAGGGGCGCUCGGACCCGGGGCUGCCGGCGAUGGUGUGAGCGCCCCCCGCCUGCCGGACAGCCCGGGGCGCCCAUGUCCCGGCCCCCGAGGGGGGGCGCCGGCCCGUGAGCAGCGCCCGCCAUGCCCGGGGGUCGCAGGGCCGCGGGGGCCGCCCCCUCGCCGCUGCGCUGCCUGGAGCCCGACUCCAGGGAGGGGACGGAGGAACCCGGCCCCGCGGAGGAGGACGGCGACGAGGACCUGCGCGAUGGCGGUGUCCCCUUCUUUGUCAACCGCGGGGGGGCUGCCUGUGGACGAGGCCACCUGGGAGCGCAUGUGGAAGCACGUGGCCAAGAUCCACCCCGACGGCGAGCGGGUGGCCCUGCGCAUCCGGGGGGCCACGGACCUGCCCAAGGGACAUGGAGGUCUCAGGAAGGACUUGAGGGCCCUCGACCAGGCCAGGGACCUCACCCUCAGGAGCCAGCUGGCGAGAGCAGGGCACCAAGGAUGGGUGGCUUCCUACGUGUGGCUACCCCGAUAUCAGCAUGGCCUCGUGAUGGCCAAGGCUGUGUCCAGUUCAUCACCAGUCCCUAGGGACGGGGCUGUGUGCCCCAGAGGGUGCUGGGAGGCCCCAAGCCCUGAGAGCUUGUGGAAGUGCAGAGUGGGUUUUUAUUUAAUUCUUUUUUAGCAUCACAAUUAAGACAAGGGAAGCUGGCUACAAAAGUACUCAGUCCUAUAGCCCUCAGUAAACCUGACUCUGCCCU